AUGGGCAGCACAGGCACGGGCAGCAACAGGCAGCACAGGCUCGGGCAGCAACGAGCGGCAACAGGCAGCACAGGCACGGGCAGCAACAGGCGGCAACGGGCAGCACAGGCACGGGCAGCAACAGGCAGCAACGGGCAGCACAGGCACAGGCAGCAACGGGCGGCAACAGGCAGCACAGGCACGGGCAGCAACAGGCAGCACAGGCACGGGCAGCAACGGGCGGCAACAGGCAGCACAGGCACGGGCAGCAAUGGGCGGCAACGGGCAGCACAGGCACGGGCAGCAACGGGCGGCAACGGGCAGCACAGGCACGGGCAGCAACGGGAGGCAACGGGCAGCACAGGCACAGGCAGCAACGGGCGGCAACAGGCAGCACAGGCACGGGCAGCAACAGGCAGCACAGGCACGGGCAGCAACGGGCGGCAACAGGCAGCACAGGCACGGGCAGCACAGGCACGGGCAGCAACGGGCGGCAACGGGCACCACAGGCACAGGCAGCAACGGGCGGCAACGGGCAGCACAGGCACGGGCAGCAACAGGCAGCAACGGGCAGCACAGGCACAGGCAGCAACAGGCAGCACAGGCACGGGCAGCAACGGGCAGCAACAGGCAGCACAGGCACGGGCAGCAACGGGCGGCAACGGGCAGCACAGGCACGGGCAGCAACGGGCGGCAACGGGCAGGAACCAUGAUGCAAUGGGGAGAGUGUUAGAGGGUGGGUUGGGGAGUCUGGAAUGGGGAUCCAUGAUCUCCAUGGAAACCCGAUGGAGUUAG